AUGGAAACCCAUAAAAAGAUAUAUUAUGAGAAUUUUCUUGCACGUUGUAAGAAGAGUAAGGAUGAACUAGAGCAAUUUAUCAAGACUCGUCAAGAAAAUAUUCUUUGUUGUUAUGCAGGGACCAUUGAGCUUGACGUAGACCCUGCAAACAUAAUUGUGGUUGAUGCCUGCUUCAUCAUCGAGCUCUUUUUAACGAACUUCUACGAAACUGAAAAUCAUAAAAAUGAUUAUAUAUUGAGAUCACCAUGGCUGAGGAAAGCUGUAGAGCAGGACUUGAUACUGUUUGAAAAUCAGCUUCCUUAUUCUCUUCUUCAAGAACUAUAUCAUGACUUUGCUGUGCCUGUCUCUCGCAGUUUCCAACCCUGCAAAGAAGUACAAGAACAGACUCAUAGUACCAAUGACCGCCUGUGCUGCUUGCCUUGCUCCUGGCGGAUACCUUGCAAUGAACAUUCCAUAGAGAUUGACGAAGCCAAACCUGCAGAUGACGAAGCCGAACCUGCUGAUUAUGAUCCCCUGCUUGAGCUUACCUUUGAGUUCUUCAAAGAUUAUAAUGAGGGGAAAUCCAUCAAGAAUAGAGUAAAACCGAAACAUUUCACCGAUUUGGUUAGGCAUUUUCUAUGUCCUGACAAAGAAAUGGAUUGUGAACACAAUAGUGCUCCUGUCAAAAAUAUAUAUGCUGCAAAGAAGCUGAGGGCAUCAGGGGUGAAGUUUAGGCCACUUAAAGAUGGACCCUUAAUCAUAAAGAAAGAUGAGGCCACUAAAUGUAAGUUCAACUUGGCAUGUUUUAGAAAUAUGGACUUGAAGCUUACGCCAUUUUGUGUCAAGGAUGAGACAGAAUGUGUUGUUCGGAACAUCAUGGCCUUGGAGCAGUUUUUGUACCCAGACAAACCUUAUAUCUGCAAUUACUUUUUGCUUAUGGAUCAGCUGGUGGACACUGUGGAUGAUGUGGUUUUGCUGGUUGAGAACAAAGUUAUUCUUAACAUGCUAGGCAGCAACGAAGCAGUAGCCAAGCUGGUUAAUAGACUUUGCGAGCAGAUCAUGGACGAUAAAUCCUGCUAUUUUGAUAUCUGUGAACAACUUAAUAAGCACUAUGAGAAUUUUUGGAACCGACAUGUGGCAACCCUGAAACGAGUUUACUUCAAGGAUCUCUGGACUGGCAGUUCAACUGUACUAGGAGUUGUUGUCCUUGUUUUCUCAGUCAUUGGAACCAUUAAGUCUCUGAAGUCGUAA